GUGAUCUUCAGCGUUACAUCACCGGUAGUCACAUGAUGAGCCACGUUUGAAUUUUCAUUGAGAAGGCUGCAUACUGUAGGACAAUUGAUGGAGGACGGGUUGGCCACCUCUCACCUAAAUUGAGCUGGGACAGGAUCCAACUCGCCAAUGGCAUCAGCCACAGCAAACUAUGGACAGAAGGAGUCAUCAGAUCAGAACUUUGACUAUAUGUUCAAGAUCCUCAUAAUUGGCAACAGUAGUGUGGGUAAAACCUCCUUCUUGUUCCGUUAUGCCGAUGACUCCUUUACACCUGCCUUUGUCAGUACGGUUGGCAUUGACUUCAAAGUAAAGACCAUCUACAGGAAUGACAAACGGAUCAAACUACAGAUUUGGGACACAGCGGGUCAGGAGCGUUACCGCACCAUCACUACUGCUUACUACCGAGGUGCUAUGGGCUUCAUUCUUAUGUAUGACAUCACCAAUGAGGAAUCCUUCAAUGCUGUCCAGGACUGGUCUACUCAGAUCAAGACAUACUCAUGGGACAAUGCGCAGGUGCUGCUGGUAGGAAAUAAAUGUGAUAUGGACGAUGAGCGCAUGGUGAGUAGGGACAGGGCCCGGCAGCUGUCUGAACAUCUUGGUUUCGAGUUUUUCGAGGCCAGCGCCAAAGACAACAUCAACGUGAAGCAGACAUUUGAGCGUCUAGUCGACAUUAUUUGUGAAAAGAUGUCAGAGAGUCUGGAUGCCGGCGAUCCUGCUGUCACAGGAGCCAAGCAGGGGCCUCAGCUGACAGAGCAGCCUGCUCCACCACACCAGGACUGUGCAUGUUAAAGAUGCCUGUCUGCUGCUUUCUUCUUCUCCUUUACACUCCAAACGAGUCCAUUGCCCACCCUUCUCACCCACUUUUCAGCUUACAUCUGAGUGAGGCCACUGGCUGAGGGUCCCGAGAACCAGCUUGUAAAAGGGCCUGAAACUCUGUGAGUAAAUGGUUUGUGACUUAAUCUCACAGAAUCAUAAAAUUGUUUUCUGUUUUUGUAUCUUCAAUCACACCACCAUGUUUCAGACUCUUUGCAUCCUCUGGUUCUUGGAAUUCUUUUGUUUUUUGUGUGUGUUUAAAAAGGAUUUGACGGCUUACAUCCACUAUCAGAGUGCCAUUUAAAUCCUUCUGAUGUUUACAGUACCUUUAUGUUUGUGAAAUAUGGUGAAAAAAAAUCAACAACGGAUUAUAUUUGGAGUAGGAAGGACCCAUCUGAAAUCUGUCUCAAUAUAUGUGUUCAGUUUCCAAGGCAGUCAGACAUAAAUACGUCUUACCUUGUUUUUGUUUUUGUUUUGUUUUUUUACUUUUCUGACACAGUUUUUUGUAUUUCGGAAUUUUUUAUGUUGGUUUUAUUAUUUUGCUCCUUCAAACACUGGGUGGAUGAACAAGAUAGAGAAAAUGGAGUUAAGAUGAAAUAGCAUUUUAUUUAAAUGUGUUUAUUUCAGAUGUAUAUGAAUAUUGUGCAAUAUUUGAUGUACACAGGUAUGCAUUUCUGGAAGAAAAGUUGAAAAGAUGAGAUGUCCUUUGAAGAUAGUAUUAUAUACAGUAUCUAUCAGGUCUUUGUUGUGAAGUUUUUUUGUUUUUUUUGGGUGGUUUGUGUGCAAUUGACUCCUUACCUUUUGUCCCUGUAGUUCGGUCUCUUGGCUGAGAUUUUGCAAAGUGACACAUUUAACUCCAAAGUGGGACUUAGAAAUUACACUUUUUAUCAUCCUGCUACAAUUUGAAAAAGUGAGGAUUUGGAGUCAUUGUAUUUAAACAAUACUGUAUACGUAAGCUUGAAAAAAAUAUCAUAUUUUAACAUUUGAACAGAAUUUUGUUAUAAAAUAUCCACUGUAAUUGAGGAAUUUGCGAAAAGAUUAACAGGGUUUUAGGUUGAAAAAUAUAUCACUGAACACUUUUAGGCCGUUUCAUUAAAAUUUAAAAAGUUUUAAUAUGCAUUUUUUUAACUCGCUGCAUCCCCUACGUGAGAUCAGGGUCAUAGGAUUUGAAGGGAAAACAAGAUUGAUGUUUCGAGUCAAGUAAGGAAUUAUUCCAGCAUUUCUAUUUUUAAGGUACAAUACAAGUUCCUUUUUCAUCGUGUCAGGUCACAAUGUUUCAACCAGACAGGGAGUAGUGAUUUUUUAAUGCUAAUAAGUAAAACCAAGGAGACUAAUGGUGGUGACUGUUUCUUUUGCCAGAUGUUAAAUUAAUCCCGUAUCUAAUGUCUUCCUCUCUGUAUGAACCAUAUAUGUAACAAUUGUACCUUCAAUGUUGGCUGUAUCGUUUUGACUCAGGCUUGCCAAAAAAAAAAAAAUGCGAGGGAAAAAAAUGCUGUUAACAGGAGCCAUGUUGAGGUCUGAAUUCUUAUCACCAGGCCUGCUUGUGAAUGAAUGUUAUACAGUACUUUACUUUUACAAAGCAAUACAAUACCAAGAAAAAAAUAGAAUUUCCAUCUGGCUCGGCAGGGGUAUCUGACUUCAGAUGCAGACUUGUAUUUGGUUUGAAUCACUGCCUCUUCAACAUAACGCCACCCCCUUCAGUUUAGGCCAGUAAGAUUCAAGAUUAUGCUGUGGGUGUUUUUAUCUGUACUUUGAGGUAAAAGAAUAAAAGCAUUAUUAAAUGGACUGUUUUGGGGAUAAUCCUGAAGUUUUCAAUUGCGUACAUUAUUUUAAAGUGGUAACGCAUGCCAAAAACCAGGCAACAUGGCCUUUCCAUACUGUAUGGUUUUACUUUUGAGAUGUAUUAAAAGAGACCUUCAAUUGUUUGUAAAUUCAA